GGAAGUUGAGUAGGAUGUCGGGGUGGAAGCGUUCCAUGAUGUUGAACGUGUUUAUUUGCAGUCGAAGGAGGUCUGAAUGGAAAAAAUAUUUCCCCUUGAAUCUGAUCGGACAAAAUGUGACGUCUUCAUAAAGUAGAAAACCUAAAACCUAAAACGGACGACUCGGAGUCUGAACCGACACAGGAGAUUCAUCAACCGAGUUGGAUUUUAUAAACGCUUUCUCUGCUGGUGUAGGCUAAGAAAUGUCAUUUUAUAAACACUAAAGUUGCUAGAAAUAUAAAAACAAACAGACAAAAGUCUGAUAUUUGACGUGUUUUCGUAGACAUAUCCUGCUGUUUCGGUGUUGUAAACAUCACGAGACACUCUGUAGCUCAGUAGCUACACAGCUAGCUAGCAUGAUAAACAGUUAAAUAGUAAUCCAUAUAGAAUUUUUAAAUAAAAGAAAAACAAAACCAGUUCUUGAUGAAGGAAUAGGAUUCGUAGAACAUUAUAGCAUCCUUGGUAAAUGUUUCCUGGUUGGUUUAUUACGAUGUUAAUUCAUGGCAUCCUUAGUGAUGUGAGGUAGACUGGCUUAAAUAACUAAAAUAAACAAAUAUGGGUUAUAGUAUAAUAUAACAGGUGGAUUGAGCUUGUUGAGGAGAAAAUGGGAAACGGAGGGUGGAAACAAACCCUUUUAAUGAUCUGAAUGAACUAACAUUUCACACACACACACACACACACACACACACACACACAAGUAUUGAAGAAAGAAGACAUUGACAUUUCUUUAAGGAGUUGAAAAUAUCCCGCUACAGCUCAGAAACAUGGCGAUGUUUUUGUCCCGACCUGAAGAAGGAAACGCAGCCGGACACCUGAUGUCCAAACCUGUGGAAGGAGCCGCAUCAGGGCCGCUGCUGCCCUCCAACUCGUCUCCCCCGGACACGGACAUGAAAGGAUGCUCUAACGGAGACCUAAUGGACAGCUUCGGUAUCUUCCUACAAGGCCUGCUCGGUGUGGUAGCCUUCAGCACCCUCAUGUUGAAGCGCUUCAGAGAACCCAAGCACGAAAGAAGACCCUGGAGGAUCUGGUUUCUUGACACUUCCAAACAAGCCAUUGGGAUGCUCUUCAUUCACUUUGCCAAUGUGUAUCUGUCAGACCUCACCGAGGAGGACCCGUGUUCACUAUACCUCAUAAACUUUCUGUUGGACGCUACACUGGGCAUGUUGGUGAUUUACGGUGGUGUGAAGGCCGUCAGUGCCAUGGUCGAGUGGAGGCAGUGGGACUCGCUGCGCUUCGGAGAGUAUGGAGAGCCGGUACAGUGCACCGCCUGGGCAGGACAGUGUGCACUCUACAUCCUAAUUAUGAUGUUUGAGAAGGUGGUCAUCAUCCUGGUGCUUCUAAUCCCUCAGUGGAAGAAGCUGGCGAUGCUGAACCCCAUCACAAACCCUCAGCUGGAGUUGGCUCUGGUUAUGCUGAUCGUGCCGUUCUUUGUUAAUGCACUGAUGUUCUGGGUUGUGGAUAACUUCCUGAUGAAGAAAGGCAGGACAAAAGCUAAGCUGGAGGAGAGAGAGGUUGGAGAUGAAUCGAGGGGCAGCAGCAAGGUGCGCUACAGACGAGCGCUCUCUCACGACGACUCUGAAUCCGAGAUCCUCUUCUCUGCGGAUGACGAAAUGGAAGAUUCAGACGGAGACGAGGAUGUGCGCAGACUCACAGGUCUCAAAACCGUUAAGAAAAAGAAACACCGCCUGGGCAUUCCGCCAGGAGAGGUGAAGAAGAAGAAGAAGCGUCCACCUGUGAAGGAGGAGGACCUGAAAGGGGCCCGCGGUAAGCUGGGCCUGAAGGGUGAGGCGAAGAGUAAAACCUAUGAAGUCAUGGUGGAGUGUGAACGUAUGGGCAAGACGGCUCCGUCCGUGUUUAGUGGAUUGCGUACAGGAACGGAGACGGCACUGGACAAACCCAAAGCUCCAUCAGGAAGCGUCUUCGGCAAGUGACGAGAUCAAAGAAACGAUCUGCAUUAAAGGGAAAGACGGCUGGAAGUCCAACUGUGGGCCAGAACUUUAAGAAACAUUUGCAAUAAAAAAAGGCUGGUUUAUAGUUAUUGAUUGACUUAACUGGAAUUUGGAAUUACAGAAAUCUUAUUUCUAAAUGUUGAAUGACUUUUUGUAUCAUUUGUAUGUUUUCUAGACAAAUACACAGUGUUUGGUUCAUUCUUUUGUUCUCAUUUGAAGUCUAAAUAUUUUAUACAUUAAAAAAUUGCAAUGAAAA